AUGCUCGAAGAACGGUCAUCGAACAUCCUCUUGACUGAUCCAAUGCGGAUGUACCGCGCCAAGAGGGAUGCAACGCGAAGGCGUGUUACAGACAAGUACUCCAUCGAGGGCUUCAUUUCGUCUGGGACAUAUGGCAGAGUGUACAAGGCAAAAAGCAGGGAUGGCGACGGAAGAAUCCAUGCAAUCAAGAAAUUUAAACCGGACAAAGAGGGAGACGUAAUCACCUAUACUGGCAUUAGUCAGAGUGCCAUCCGCGAGAUUGCUCUCAAUCGGGACAUCUCUCACGAGAAUGUAGUCGAACUCAAGGAAGUUAUAUUGGAAGACAAGUCUAUAUACAUGGUUUUUGAGUAUGCGGAGCACGACUUCCUCCAACUCAUUCAUCAUCAUGCACAGACGCUCCGUCAGAAUAUUCUUACUAAUGUCUUAAAAUCUCUGACGUAUCAGCUUUUCAAUGGCUUACUGUAUCUGCACAACGCGCAUAUAAUUCACCGGGACCUAAAGCCCGCGAACAUCCUCAUCACGUCUAGCGGAGUCGUCAAGAUUGGAGAUCUGGGUCUCGCACGCCUGACGUAUCAGCCAUUACAGCCUCUCUUUGUCGGCGACAAGGUCGUGGUCACAAUAUGGUACCGUGCACCGGAACUCCUGCUCGGCGCAAAACACUACAACAAGGCAGUCGAUGUAUGGGCAGUCGGGUGCGUUAUCGCAGAGUUAGUAGCUCUGCGGCCGCUCUUCAAAGGAGAGGAGGCGAAGCUGGAUUCCAAGAAGAACGUUCCGUUCCAGAAAGAUCAGCUGUUGAAAAUCAUGGAUUGGUUGGGCACACCAGACGAGCGCGAAUGGCCAGGUCUCAAAGACCUCCCCGAGUACCCGAACCUGAAGCGCCUUGACGUCUCCGUGUUCGGUCUCAUGCGCAAUAACAGCUACCCCAACCGCUUGAGCCAGUGGUGUGCUGCUCAUCGCAUGGCAGGCGAUCCGGACGCCUAUGAUCUCAUGCGGCAGCUAUUUGCAUACGAUCCAGAUAAUCGGCUGACCUGCCAGGAAGCCUUGCAACACAAAUGGUUCCGAGUGGCGCCAGUACCGACAGAAAACGCAUUUCAGAACAUUCCAUUACAGCAUAUCCCGCCGCAGCGGCGCAUCACGCAUGACGACGCGCCGUCGAUGAUUCCACUGCCCACUGCGACGUCACAGGCGCAAACACAUGUGCAGGCACAGCUCGCGCAGGUACAAGCACAAGCACAAGCACAGCUCGCAGGAUCGCACCCGCCCAGUCGGGGAAGCGUUGCGAGCUUUGCAAGUCUGAGCGGAGGCGCAGCAGGCGCGGGAAGUGGGCACGCCAGAAAGAAGGCCAGAAUGGGAUAGGCAUACAGGCUUUGCGAACGUGUGUCAUCUAUUGUAUUGGUUCUGUGGCAGGCCAGCUGUCGCAAACGCACAUCGUUCGAUGCUGUCUGAUUUUAACAAUUGUAGUGUAUAAUAGACCAAGGAUUGUUCACAAUGCUCGAUAGCGUUGAGGCGCAAUGGCCUUGCCAAGAACUGUAAUUAGUGACCUCACAGGUUGGCAUAUUUCAAUGCCAACCUGAUGGCUCGGAAGCGUCGUAGUGUAUUCUCAAGGGUGGCAAUGAUAUACAAUUGUAUAUGCUG